AAAAAUAUGACAAGUCAAAUAAAAGAUAGUGCAUUCUAUACUUUCUUUGUGGACAACCCUGACAAUCAUUCAUUAUAAAUUAAUGGUCAGAUGAAGAAUUCAGACACCACAUUCAGAUUUAGAAAAUAUUGUAAGAGUUAAAAGGUCGAUACUCGCUUUCCUUGGAAUGGUACCAAGGUUCAUUUCAGAGUGAAAGAUCACACUGAAUUGAAAUUAGGUUUAGACUUUGGAUAAUGGAAGCUUGGUAAAUUCGAAGCAUCCUACUUUGCCAAAUUCUUUUCGAACAAUAAAAAACUAUAAUAUUAAUUUGGAUUGUAAAAAGAAGUAAACAAGAAUUUCUGGCAUUCCGUAUGUAUAGAAUUUAUUUAUGUUAAGGGGUAACUUGCGAAUCAGGAUUAUUCCUCAAUUACAACUUUAAUUUAACUCAACCUAAAUGGUACUUAAGAGAAGGAAUCCAAUGGGACACUACUUCUAAUUAAUUCAAAUUUGAUGGACUAUUGACUUACACUUAAAAUUUAAACGAAUUUUUCGUCAAGGCUUCCAAUAGUUUAGAUAACAAAUUAAGUUGCCAAGACUAAGAAAUCAAAUUGGGUUAUUUGAGAAGAAGAGGAAACGACAAAGCUUGUGGAUUCUAAGUAGAUAAUAAAUUGAAUCUUGAUUUGGUCUGCCAUGCAAAAGUCAAAAAGUGUGAUUGGAGAAUUUACAUUAAUUAAGCAUUGGAAGUCAGAUAAUAUGUGAAAUACAAUUAUAAUUAGAAGUAACAAUUUUAAUAUAUUAUAUACCUAGUUUGUCUAUCCAUUCAGGAUUAUCUGUGCCAUUAAAGACAAUAGGUAAAGUGUGCCCAAUGUCAUACUUAACUGCUUUAUAAGUUGAGUUAAACAUUUGACAUUUAUUACAUAAGAAAAAACAAAAUCAAAAUAUUCUUAGAAAAAACAA